UCUCUCUCUCUCUCUCUCUCAAAGCAAAACCAAAAAAAAAACAAAAACAAAAACAACAUCAAAAACAAAAGAGCAGAAAUGGAAAUGGAACCAAGCCCACCGCCGGUGGUAGCGAAGAAGCUAUGGAACAUAAUACGUGUAGUGUUCUUCAUGAUAAGAAAAGGCAUAUGCAAGAGCAAAAUAAUGGUUGAUCUCCAUUUGAUGCUGAAGCGUGGCAAGCUAGCAGGAAAAACCAUAGCAAACAACCUCAUGUUCCACAACAACUUCUCUUCCUUGAGUUGCAAAUCCAAUGCUUCCCUUUCCUUCAUAUCCCCACGUGAAUAUGAAUUCAGCUGUAGCAAUAGCCCCGCUAAUCACUACCCUUUUCAUUUCAACAAGCGCAAACACCACCACCAUCUUUUCACCAAGCCUUACGGCUAUGACGAUGUGACCACUGUUAAUGCGGUCCAGAAAGUGCUGGAGAUGUUGAACAAUGAAGCAGUUGUUGAGGCCUCUCCUAUGGUUACAUUACCUGGGUUUGGAAAAAGCCCUAUGGUGAGGCAGCUACGAGUGACAGACUCGCCGUUUCCAUUGAAGGACGAUGGUGAUAGCCAAGUGGACAAAGCAGCUGAAGAGUUUAUUAACAAGUUUUACAAGGACCUUAAGCUGCAAAAAAGAACGGCUGCACUUGAAUCACCGUACCAUGCUGUGUGGGGUCGAUGAAAUUAAUUUUCUAAUCUUUAAUUUGCGCGCAACAGUUUCGAUCUGUGACUGUGAUAUCAAUUCUGGAUAGCUAGCUAGAGUUCCAUAUGGAUAUGUAUGAAGAAAGUUGUUCCCUACACCCUCCGCUUGAAGUAAACCUAUCAUUCUUUUUUUUUUUUUUCUUUUUCUUUUCCUUUUUUUUUUUUUUUUUUUUUUUUUUUUUUUUUUUUUUUUUGCUAUAUCAAAUUAAAGUCACAUGAUGUGUUCAUUAUCGUAUGAUAUAGCACUUUAUGGUUUACUUGUCAAGGAAGUGUGUUAACUACUUUUGUAUU